CAAAACGAGCUUCUAACGCAGUUUCUUCAUAAAUACAUGACGAAAUAUGUAUAAAGAAACCUGUCGUGUGUAACGCGCAUAGUUAUUACUACAAACAGUUUGCCACUCCAUAGAGUAUUUAUAAGUAACGGGGUGACCUUAAACGCCCCCGCGUUACUAUGGUAACCUAACUUUAAAACUUGAGAAGCAGCGUCUGCGCCAACUCGAUGCUAAAAUAGCAGCUACAAAAUAGCCUUUCAAAAGUAGGGUUUGUAGUCCGAGACAAUGAUGGAAAAUCCUGAAGACUUUGAGAGAUUUCUGAACAAUGUUGACACGAUAGGUCAGUUAUUGGAAGAUUUCCAGUCCUCUGAUGUCGGAGUCCAGCAAAAAGCCGUGUCAAAAGCAGAUUCCCUUAUUGCGGCUUUGGAUGAACCAUGUAGGACAAAAGUCAACAAGACUACAGUCAAUACAAACCCACCCCUUCAACCUUCCUUGAGUUCACAAAAUGAAAGUCAAGAGCAUUUCAUGAAGAUUAUGGAGAGAGAUGCAGAAGACAGGAGGAUAAAGAGAAUGGCUAAACUAAAAGAGGCAACCGCUCUCAAAGGCAAGGGGAACGAAGCUUAUGCCCAACAAGACUAUGAAGCUGCAGUGAAGUAUUAUAGCGAUGGCUUGGCGGUACUUAGGGACAUGCAACCACUCUACACCAACAGAGCACAAGCCUACAUCAAGCUAAAAAGAUAUAAGGAGGCCAUCAGGGACUGUGAAUGGGCAUUGAAGUGUAAUGAAAGAUGCAUCAAAGCUUACGUACAUAUGGGCAAAGCAUUCCUGGGUUUAAAGAAAUAUAAUGAGGCUAAAAGCUGCUUUGAAAAGAUACAGAAAUUUGAACCCAGGAGGGAAAAGAUGGUAAAAGAAUACUUGGAUUUGGUAGAUUCAGAAGAGAAAAAAGACAGUCAGGAGAGGAAUGCAAAACAAGAACUUGACAAAGGAGAGAGAAAGGCCACAGUGGUGCCCCAGCUGCUGGAGAAGCUGUCUAGGCCCGGUCAGGUGCCUCUCUAUUACUGUGGAGGAUUGGAGAGCCUGACACCGGCAGUGACUGACUGUACCGGACAGACUCUCUUCAGACUGAACAAUGGCUUUAGUAUCAUCAGCGGCAAUGACGUGCUGAGGAGGUGCUUGUUGCAGAAAACAGAUGAUCUACUCAGCAACGAGUUGUGUAUUUCUGUGUUGAGACUUUGGAGGACUAUUUGUCAUGAUAACAAUGAAAACCAGAUAAUCCUGAUGAAAUGUCCGGUUGCCAGACGGUCUCUCGUGGAGCUGCUGACAUCGGGGCAUGUUGAAGUUGUGAGAGAAUGCCUGGAAUUACUGCGGUUAUUCUCAAAGACGUCGCACGGGAGACGUUUGGUCGUUGACAACCUAAAUGUGCAGACGUUGGUGAGAAACCUCAUGUGGUGCAUCUCUGAAUCCAAGCAGCAGCAGGAGAUCACAGCAGUCUAUGUUUUGGAAACCUUUGCUUCAGAAGAAGGAUUUAGAUUGAAGCUAAGAAAUAUGCAGGCAGAUUGUGUUGCUGUGCCAUUUCAGAAAAUGCUGGCAAAUAUCGGCAAGUUUAAUCAAAAUGUCCUUAGGUCGCUCAUAUCAAGUGUUGGCUUUCUGGCUGAAGAUGAGGUCAUCCGUCAAACCCUUGCUCAUGAGCAACAUUGCUGGGAAACCUUUCUCACUGCCAUUAAGCAGUGUGGCACAUCUGAAUACAAAGACAUCCUUUACCUUUUGCUUGGCUUGAUUAUCAACCUUUCAACAGUCACUUCCUCGACCAUGCAGGAGCAUGCUGUCACACUCAGCGACUGCUGUCUUGACCUGCUGAAAAAUGCCGAUGGAGAAAUUGUAACUAGAGCCACGGGUGUGUUGAGCACUGUCCUCCCUCAGUCCUCUGAAGCUGUUCAGCAUGCUGUUCGAAGGAAAGUUGUUCAGACCAUGUGCUGGCUGCUGAAAGGAAAAUGUCAGACUGCCACCAAGUCCGCCAUUAAGACAUUGACGGUUUGCACUGCCGUCAGUGACAAGGCAAGGGAAGAGCUGGUGAACUCUGAUAAAAAACUGUCCACUUUACGUCAGUUGCUGACUUCCAGCUGUGGGGAGGUGAUUUCAGGAAAUGCAGCUUUGUGCUUGGCCCAUUGCUUUGAACGUGAAGGAGUUGCCAGCCACCUGCUGGGUACCGAUAUUGUCCUUGGUCUACUACGGCUCGCUGCGGGGGAGGCUAAGAACACAGCUGUGCAACAAAAUGCAGCGAUUGCUCUCUCCAAACUAUGUCAAUCUGAGCCCAGACAUGUGGAGAAACUUCGGGAACUUCACGGCCUAGAGAUCCUGCACUCCUGUGCAAAACUCAUCUCAUAGAGCAGUAACAAUGCAAUCUAAAUGUUUUGAUAUGCAGCAGCAUUUCUUUGUUAAUCGUUCUUCAUGGUUUUCUUCUGUCCUUUAUAGAAAAACAUUAGUUUUGCUUUUGUUGUAAUCUAUUUUUUAAACCUACCAAGAAUGAAUCCAAAUGUAUUUUCUUUUUUUAUUGUCAUUAGUAGUGAGUCUGAUGUCAAAGGAAGCCAUGUGUGACUGGAGAAGGAUUAAAUAUGUAUUUGACUGAGAACAUCCUUGUGGUUCUAACUGUUCCAGCUGCAUUAUAAAGAACAAAUCCACGAACAAUGUUCUUUGCUGCUCA